UCUUACGCUAGGCAUAAUAGAGACAGGACUAUGUUAUGUACACAAAAUGAAAUUACUCAACUUGUUCAAUCUAUUCUAAUUUCGAAGUAACCAUAGCUGAUAGCAUUAGUCAAAUGUAAAAUGUGAAAUGUCUAUCUUUUGAAUAUUUUUGUUGAUUGUCUUUCAAAAUAUAAUUAUAAAAUUGUAUAUUAUGUUACGUAGAUCAUAAAUUUAUUGGUAUAUAUUUUUUUUAAAUAUAGCUAAGAAGCAUUCGUUCAGUGCUAUUUAAUUAAGCUGCAAUAAAGCGCAGAAGAGUUUGUUUUUGAGAUGACGGAAUCCUAUGAAUACUUAUUCAAGUUCCUUGUGAUUGGAAGUGCUGGAACAGGAAAAUCUAGUCUUCUUAACAAUUUUAUCGGCAACAAAUUUAAAGAAGAUAGGUGCCACACUAUUGGCGUAGAGUUUGGUUCUAAAAUUGUUAAUAUUGGUGGAAAAUCUACCAAACUUCAAAUAUGGGACACAGCUGGCCAGGAAAGGUUUAGAUCUGUAACACGGUCAUAUUAUAGAGGAGCAGCAGGGGCUCUACUUGUAUAUGAUAUAACAUCUCGUGAUUCUUAUAAUGCUCUUGCAAAUUGGCUAAGAGAUGCCCGCACCUUAGCAAGUCCUAACAUAGUGAUAUUAUUGGUGGGUAAUAAAAAAGAUUUAGAAGAAUCUAGAGAAGUCACAUUUUCAGAGGCUAGCCAGUUUGCACAAGACAAUGAGCUAAUGUUCCUCGAAACAAGUGCUAAAACUGGAGAGAAUGUAGAGGAAGCUUUUCUGAAAUGCUCCAAAACAAUUCUUGCCAAAAUAGAGACUGGUGAAUUAGACCCAGAGAGAAUAGGAUCUGGUAUACAGUAUGGUACUGGAACUGCAAAAAGAAUAUCUGCACCGAAACGUCCACCUAGGACUCCAUCAGAUUGUGCUUGCCGAGUUUAAUACAAUAAUUAAUUUCUAUUUUGUAUUGGAAUGUACUAUAAAAGACUGUCUUAAAAUGGAAUGGAUAUGUGUAAUAGGUGUGUAGAAUAUUUUUUAGUUUCACUAAAUGUGAGGGAUUCUAUAAUCUUACACAACUCUCUAAUUAUAGAUUUUAAUACUGUUUUAGUGAAUGUUACCUGUUACAUCCAAGAUUUGUCUAGGUCUUUGACAUGUGAAAAAUUGUUAAUAUGACACUAUUUAAUAUGAAUAAGUUUUUGUAUACCAACUAAGUUUGGAUAUUGCUAGCAUGGAUUGAGUCUCAUAAGUCUUAAGAGCAUGUGGGGAAAUUGAAAUUGAUAAUCCUUUAAAUACUUAUUUGUGAUUGUAGUAAGAAUAAUGUAUAUUUUACUUUUAACAUUAAUAACUUUAUGUGAUGUAUAGUAAUUUCAAAAUUAGUCAAUUGGAAAGAAUUUUAAAUUCAAUUAAGUUAUAUACUCAAUCGAAUUUUACACCUGAGCUACUUCACAUUUAUUUUUAACAAAACCAAAAUAAUUUAAUAGAAUUGUUUCUCUCAGAAAGUCUAUUCCAUUGCUUUUUUUUUACUUAUCCUACUUGGCCUACUUCCCAACAAUUGAGGGGUGUUGGCUUUAGCCAACUUUAUACUCUUGUCAAGUGUAGUUUUAAAAUCUUAAAAAAAAUCUUUAUGAUUAAUUAUUAAUGACUAGUUUUUGCCAUCUUAAUAUAAAAGGGAUGAUGAAUAUAAUAUAGCUUCAUCAUAAACUUCAUCUUUCGCCUAUUAAUGAGUGCGUAGUGCGAAUGAGUAUAAUUUUAUCCUCUGUUCGAGCUAUAGAUUACACAGAUAAACUAAAAUCAAAGCAUGUAGAACACUACUCUUCAGGUGUGUGACAAAGAUAGAUAUAGAUUAAGAUGUUGACAAAACCAUGGAAUAUAAUCUUGACUUGUAAGUUGUAACACUAAGUUUUAUGUCAAUAAUAUUAUUAUGUAUUAUUUUCAUAAUUCCAGAUAUUGUAUUUAGAGUCAUGGUGUAAAAUUCACGUCUCAAAAGUAAUUUGACUCAGCUGAAUUAUAUAAGAUAUUUCUAGUGCUCUCUUUGUCACAAAAACAUGUUUAAAUAACAUUGAGUGACAUGUUUUAAAACAAUCUCAUAAUGAACCCUCCUUUGUUUAUAUUGUCCUUCUAAGUGAACAUUAGUCAUUAAGUAGUUUUAUAUUUUGUUCCUUAUAAAAUAAAGCAAGUAGGUAACCAGUUAUGAAAAAUGCUAGGUUUUUUUUCUAUCAUUUGCCGUUACUUCAACCAAUGUGAGCAAAUAAUGUAUUAUGCUUUAGUUAUAUUUUACUGUGGAAGAGACUUAUACGACCAAAAAUGUAUACAAUUUCAGCAGUAUAUUAUGCACUAACUGUAGGUUAAGAUUCACUUUGUAUUUUAGUGCUCAGUCAUCUGUGUAUUGUGACAAUAAAGUGAUAAAAACUU